AUGACGGCGUCGGUGUCGGGGCGGGGAAUCCCUGCUGUCGUGUCGUUACAUGCUCGUCAGGGCGCCGGGUUGUCAGAGGAUAUCCAGUCCCCCGCCCGAGAUUCUCGUCGCCAAGAGCUUUCCCUGCACCGACCAGAACCCGUAUUUUCCAGCGCGGAACCCGCGGAAAAGGGCGUGUUUCCAGACCUGCAGCUCCAACUCCCGCAGCAACAGGGCCUCUACCCGUACAUGCACCAGCAGUGCGACCAACUCCAGCAACCCCCGCCUUCACUGCCGCCACCACCGCCGCCGCCGCCGCCGCCAUCAUCGGCGCCCCAGCAGCAGCAGCAGCAAAUGCCCUACUACAUGGAGCCAGACGUGAUAGCUGCCGCCGCCGCCGCAGCGGCAGCCGCAGGACACCAUCAAGGGGGCGGGGCAUCGUCCGUCCACCCCCAUCACCAGCACCACCACCCGCAUUUGCACCACCCGUACCAGGCCAACGCCUUCGCCGCCGCUGCUGCUGCUGCUGCAGCUGCUGGCAACUACCACACCCACCACCAUCACCACCACCAUGUCCAAGCCCGGUCUGCUGCGGCUUUGCACUACUACGACCAGCAUGGGUACCACGGCCGACAGUGAUGUCAUCGUCACACUCGUUUGUUUGCUGAGCCACGUUGUGACAGUGUGCUGUGUGUGCUGUGAUGGACGACGGACGGACGGACGGACGACCCGCGGCUCGCUUCCGAGAGGAAAAAAAAGAAAAGAUUUUGUUUUUCUGCGUCGUUUUGUUUUUCUCGUUUUUUUUUUUUUUGAGUGUGCAU